AUGGACCCUCUCGGCCACAGCAAAAUACAAGAAGAAGAAGAAGAAGAAUCAUACGCGAGUACCCUGGGCUCCCAGUGCUGCCUGGCCCGCGCCAGCUCGCGGCUGGUGGCGGCCGGGCAGCGCGCCGCGCGCGGCGAGCCACACGAGCUCGUGCGCGCCGUCACGCACUAUGCAGUCUCCAGCGCUGCAGAAACUCCCGCGAUGGCGAUGGCACAAGAGUACCAAGCCCCGAAAGUGAUGGAACAAGUUGAGCAAGUCCCUAAAAAUUUCACGCUCAAGGAACAAGUCGAAGAAGUACCUGAGGAAUUGGAGGAACAUGUCGUUAAGGAGAAUAUCUACAGAGCGAAUUUGAGUAGCAUAGUGGACUGGACAGACAGGAUUACAAGUGCUUGCAAAAUGAGUAUGAGAAUAGCGGCCUACGAACCCAACCCAAAAGCAAACAAAUGCCUAAAGGAACUAAAUGAGCUGGACUACAAGCUCUACCCAAGGAAGGUAUCGACUCAGGUACUGAACAGCGACGAUAUCGAUAGGCUGCUAAUAUGCCCACGAGAAACUGUAGAGGGAACUCCCAAGCAACUGGAAGAGAAACUGCAGCAGUUGUCGUCAAAGCUGAGUUCGAUGGGCAGCACGGUGGUGCUGAGCGUGAGCACCCCCAGCAGCCUGGCGCGCAGCCUGCACGCUGCUGCACAGGCUGCUGUGCAGCUCGCCAACACUGCACGCGCAUUGGCUGAUAGAAAGAGACCAGCUCAAUGUAAAUUGAUCGAGGAUGCUGCACAUGAGAUGUGUCUUUCUACCUACAGCCUGAUGAAGACUUCUGAACUAGUCUGUCAGGAACCAAAUCAUCACGACUCCAAGAGGAAGCUGCUGGAAGCGUGCCGUCAUCUCAACGACUCCAUCAACAAACUGGUGCGUAGUACAGGUACAGGGCAGAAGACGUCGGUGGGCCGAGCUUGCGGCGAGGCAGGGAGGAGCCUGGCGCUGCACCGCGGCAUGCUGCAGGCGGCGCCGCGCCCGCCCGCCGCCUCGUCCUACGCACUCAGCCUGCACACCAUGCAGUCGCAACGAGACGUGCUGCAGAAACUGAACAGUGACGAAGCGAUGUCUCGCGAGGAGUUCUUGAAGAGCAUGAACUACGCAGUGACUGCCGUCAACAACAGUGCGGAGUGCGCUGCUCAGGCUGCCUACCUGAUAUCAGUAUCAGACCAAGAUAAGUCAAUUGGUCUGAAGGGCCCGGUGGACGUAGGCAAGCUGCAGAAGGCUAUCCAAGCGGUCGAAGACACCUGCAUCUCUAUAAUCACCACUAAUGAUGAUAUACAGGUGGCUGAAGAGAAAAAGACUCUCAAGAGCCAAAUGAAGGAUCUGGAGGACACCAUGAAGGACGCCGUGGAGAAGACCAAGGAAGGAGAACUGAAAGAGAUGCUGAAAGAGUGCACCAAUGACCUGUUGAACUCUCAUCAUAGGCUGGAGGAAGCCAUAGAAUAUGAAUUUGAAAACAAGGUGGUGAUAACAUCAAAGGUAGCAGAUUUGAUGCACGACGUGAGCAAUGUUGCCUCCUUGGUGGAACACCCUGAUCUGGUGCCAGUCGCCACUGAAAUCUCUGCUGAUACCCAGAAACACGUUGACGAGAUUGUCAAGAAUUCACUCACCCUUCUAUCAAAUACGGAGGAGCUGGUGAAACAAGUGAAGGCGGCCCCUGAGGAGCCGGAGACCAUGAAGUGGGUGAUGUUCAACAAGAGGAAGGAUGUACUGGAUGCAUUCGAGAAUCUUCUCAGGAGUGUCAAGGCCAGUGGGCAACGUGUCAAUCUUCUAGAAGCUGCAGUUGAGGAACCAGAGGAAGACAAGAAGAGUUAUGUGGAAACACAGUUCGACUUAGCAUCCAAAUGGCUUUCGAAGCCGAUGUGCAAGCCGGAGGUCAAGUCAAAGGGACAGGAGGCAGUGCGCAACCUCGUAGACGUCGCCAAUAAGGUAGCAGAGGAUCUGCAAGGCUCUGACAAGGAAGACAUGAAGAACCUGAUAGUGGAAACUGAACAGCUGCUGAAGGAAUGCAGUCAGAAAUAUGACCAGGAACAGUACAGUGUGUUACUGGAGCGUGUCCGAGAGCUGAAGAAGGGAGUGUCGCGAGGAGUGGUCUCCAAGUUGGUGCAGGACUUUAUGCAGGCAGAGGAACCUCUGGCUGACCUCGACCUCAUUGCUGAGUAUGAACAAGACGAGUCGAAACGCAAGUUUAUGCUGGAGAAAAAGAUAGCAGAGCUGCUGGCACAGCUGGGCAGAGUGACCGGCACCGCGCGCCUCGUCGCACACACACACGCACACCGCGCCGGCGACAUCCACCACUGCAGCCAACAGACCGAGUUGCUAGCACCGAUGCUUGUGAAAGCUGCUCAGGAAAGGAUUGCACGUCCUGAUGACAAGGCUGUAAUAGAGAACUAUAAAUCGCUGCUGGCCAAAUAUGCGGAGUCGAUGUCCAAGAUUCGAGACCUGUGCGACCAAUCUGUUGAUCCUAUGGAGUUCGUGCAGACUGCUGGUGAGACGAUAGAGCGCAUGCGCGAGGAGUCCUCCACACAGAACGACCCGCUGCACAACGCACACACAUCGACCGCCAUCUCCAAGCUAGCCGACCGAGUGAUCCACGUGGGCAUGUCGUCGAGCACGGCGCGGCGCGACCCCGAGCUGCAGCGCGCGCUGGCCGCCGCGCAGCACCAGCUGGCCGCCGCCACGCCCGCGCCAGACACUCGCGCCAGCAAGAUGCCAGACUUCAAGGACACUACCGCCAGGAUUCUACAAGCUACGGAAGAAGUGGAGUCCCUACUAUGUGGAGAGACCAUCUUCAAGCAACAGCCCACGCAGAACCAACCAAUCUUUAACGAAGCAAUGAACCUGCACGUGGCUAUCCGCGACUGGUCGUCCCGUGACAACGAGAUCGUGGCCGUCGCCAAGCGGAUGGCAGUCCUCAUGGCUAAACUCUCCAACUUCAUGAAUAACGACAAGCAACGCGAAGUGCUGGCGACGUCAAAGUCGAUAGUGUUAGAGUCCCACGAGGUGGCGCGGCUCGCCAAGAAACUAGCGCACGAGUGUACUGACCACAGAAUCAAGACGAACUUGCUGCAAACCUGCGAGAGGAUCCCUACCAUCAGCGGCCAGCUCAAGAUGUUGACCACUGUCAAAGGAUUCUCGCUUGGAAGACACGGUACCCAGGAAGAUAAGGAGGCGAUGGACAUGCUCGUGGGCAACGCGCAGAGUCUCAUGUUGAGUAUACAAGACGUAGUGAAGGGCGCAGCGAGUGCCUCAGUGAAGAUAAUGUCACAACGUGGGCCUCGUAUGAAGUGGGUGCGCAAGACUGUCUACUGAGACCCCUAGUAAUUACAUAGCGUUAAAUCCUGACACGAAUUAUUUACAUUCCAUUUAUUAAGAUAAAAUGAGCGAAAGAUACAAUUUAGGCGUUAUAAACAGCUUGUCGCAGAAUUAUGUCAUUGUCGUAUACUUAUGGCAUUGUCAUAAUUCACCUGUGCCAUAAUAAAGUAAAUUGUCGAUAGAGGUAUUAUAAUAUGACACUGUCAUAUAAUUAUAUAUAACACUGACAUAACGAC